AUGUCUGUAGAUUCUUGUUCAAAUUUAUCUCAAGAAUCUGAUAAUAAUAAUUACUCUUUACUAUCGUCAUCUCAAUUAUCUGAAACUUUAAUGAAUUAUGAUAAAAAUAUCACUGAGAUUGUUGCUUCUUUACCUGUUGAUGUUAAGGAAUUUUUAUCGAAAAAUGAGAAAUGUGAAGGCGUUUUGAAUUUCAUGCCUGAAUAUGCAACAGUUUUUUCUGAUAAACAAUGUUUGGUUUGGAAAUAUCAAAAAGAAUAUAAAAGGUAUACGGCUCGAUCUGUAUCAUAUAAAUUAGAAAUGCCAUUAUCUCUCCAUGGUCAACAACGAAUUUCAAAUCUUCCUCGAAAAUUACCAUUUGUAACUUUCAUAACAAAUUAUCAACAAUUAGGUUUACUUGCUUCUACUCCAACUGGUGAAUUCCGGUACUGGAAUGAUUUAUCAAAAUCAAUGUUUGAUGGAAUUCACUAUAAAGAGUUACAAGUAUAUCUUAGCGAUGAUGAUUAUAUUACUUAUUUAGCUUGUCAUCAAGCUGAUACACAAUCAAGAAAAGGAAAUUUAGCGAUAUUUGGAACAAAGAAAGGAAUGUUGUAUCAAGUGUUUUUGGUUAAUUCAACUGGGAAAAGUGUUCUUGAAUACACACAAUUAUAUCCUAAAACUACCACAUUUCGACCAUUAUCUUAUUUAUGGUCAAGCUCUGACUCAUCAUCACCUAACACUACCACCAAUACUACAAUCAAAGGAAAAGUUAUCUCAUCAACUUUAACAAAUUUUGUUGGGACGGAUUUUCGAUGUACUAAUAGGUUAAGGUCAUAUUCAUUGGUGAUAUUAAGUAAAAAAAUCGAAGCUGAUACAGAAAGUACUACUUAUGAUAUUAUUCGAUAUCAAAAUGUUAAUUAUAGCACUACGGUACUACUAAGUGAAGAAACUGAUAUAAUUAUGGGAUGUUGUGCAGAAGGUUCUAAAUCAUUGUUUUUCAAAGAGGAUAAAGAUGAAUCUCAAAUUUUGUUUUUGACAGCUAAAAAUGGAAUAAUGAGAUGUAAAUUAAAUAUUGCUGAGUUAAGACAAGAAAGUCAAGGAUUAGAAUUGGGUAGUAAAGAUGAGGAAAUUGAUAUUGAGAAUUUAAGUUCACAAAAAACUCAAAAUUUAAAGCAAAAAUUAGAGCAAGUAAUAUAUAACAAAAUUGAUGAAAAUGUAACUGAUUUUGAAGGUGAUCUUGACAUAGCAAUAUCUGAACUUAGUGAUGAUAUUGUAAAAUCAGGUUUAAAAUAUUUUGAUGAUAUUAUUGAUUUAAAAUCACAACUUAAUGAAAGAUAUAAUAAAUUAAAUAUGCUAAUUGAUUUAAUUAAUAAAAGUGGAUUAUCAAACAAGCUUCAUUUGUCAACAAGAAACCAUUUGUUUUGUAAUUCAGAAAAGAUAGCAACAGCUAGUAAAUUAUGGAUGUAUCAUAAUUCACUUAUUCUUUCAUAUGGAGGUAACGAAAAGUAUCAAUUUGUUUUAGAAGAAUUAAAAGAAGCAAUUGAAAACUAUAAUAUUCAAGAAAUUGGUUCUAUUUUUUCAUAUUUUCAAGACAUAAUAAAAAAUACUUCAAUAACUGACGAAAAAAUAAUUUUGACUUAUGAAAUAAAUAAAAUUCUUUUGACCUCAUUUGAUGCUGCCUUUAAUUUUAGAAAAGAUUCAAUGAGUCUGUACUCAUUGAAUAGUUAUAAUUUGAAUUUAAGUGAAUCAUGGACUUGCAAAGGUAAACUUUUUGAUAAUAAGAACAAAUAUAAUAGCAGCAACAAUAAAGUUGAAAAGAAAUUAAAUGAAAUGACAAACGAGGAAUUUAAAGAACAGCUAGUUGGUUUGGUCAGUUAUUUUCUUGCUACUACUAUUCAACAUCUUAAAAUAGAUGAUUUUAUAAUACAAAGUCAAGCUAUGCAGUAUCAUAAUGAAUGGACAGACGUUUUAAAAAGAAUUGCAAAGAUUGGAAAAGCGGAAAAGGCAAUUCUAUUAGCUGAAGAAUAUGAUGACUUCAAGGCAUUAGUAAACUUGAUUUUUGAAUUCAGUCAAAAUAUAAAAGAUUAUAAUAAAAAAUAUUUAAUAAAAUAUAAAAAAAAAUACGCUUAUAGAUUGUAUGAAUGGUUUAUUGAAAAUGAGAAUUAUGCUGAAUUAUUUGAACAAGAAUAUUUGAUUGAGGAUAAAGAUUGGCUUGAGGAUUUUUUAAAAGAUAAAAAUUUAAAAGAAAUUGCCUGGCUACACUAUAUAAAGAUAGAGAAAUACAAGGAAGCAUCUACUGACCUAUUAAAAUUAUCACAAAGACAAAAGAACAGUGAUGAAAAAAAGGUAAUUAGGAAUGGUGAAAAUAGUAAUUAUGAUGACGCUGCUGUCAGUGGGAAAAUUAUCCUAUUUAGCGAGCUUAAAUCAAGAAACAGACCUUGGAUCAGAAGAAAUACAGAAAAAUCUAAAACUAUUGAGAUAAGUGGUGAUUUUAGUAGUGAAAAUUCUAUGAUAUUAUCAACAAUUAAAGUUAUAUCUAAUGAAAAGCCUGCAUUAGCACAACUUUUCGUUUAUUAUGCAUCGCGUUUAUUAAGGGGUGCAACAAUACCAACAGAUAUGUUAAUUGAACUAGCAACGCUUCGAGAUAUUAAAGAAAAAGAAGAGCUUUCUAUGAUUAUUCAAGUAUUGACGGAAGAUUCCAAUGAAAUCAAUGAAAUUCUCGAAGAUACGAUUAUUUAUUAUACAUUUGAUCAAUUGAAAAACUUUAAAUCUAUUAAAGAUUGGUAUUGUUCACCUGGUGAAACAUUUUUCUCUUCAACUUAUGAACAACUAUCAAGGAAAUUUCCAGAUUUUUCUCAAGACCUUAUUAAUGGAUUAAUUCAAGAUUUUAACCAAGAAAAUAAUCAAUUGAAAAUAUACAUUGAAGAUUAUGAUCUGAUAAAUUAUGUAGAAAAAAUUAUUAAAUUAUUAGAAUAUUAG